CCAAUGCUGGUAAAGUGGAUUUCUUAAAUCUAGCUGGUAAUAAAUUCAUAGAUUGUCUUGGACAUUUCCAAGGACUGUCACAUUUACAAACACUUGACAUAUCGGAUUUUAAUUGUAGUGAGCUUGAUCUAAAAAUGAUCAGUUUUAUGCCAUAUUUGAAAACAAUGAUAAGCAGAAGAACACAUUUAAAUGUCGGAUUGCAAAAUGAUGUAAAUGAUGAAUUUUUAAAACAAUUAUUUGAGGUGAAACAUAUUGACUUCUCAGACAAUGGGUUUGUUACAUUCAAUCAAAACAUGUUUGUAUCGCAGUACCGUUCACUCAUUUCAUUAGAAUUAUCAAAAAACAAAUUUUCCAGAUUCCCAAUUCAAAUCAGCAAAUUUUCAACUUUGAUGAAAUUAAGUGUAGUGCAAAAUCGGAUUGCUUAUCUACAGAAAUCUGAUAUGAAUCAACUGGAGAACUACCUACGUAAGAAUAAUGUUAAAUUUGAGCUUCUCUUUAAUGGCAAUCGUUUCGUUUGCAAUUGUGAUUCGAUAGAUUUUCUGAGAUGGCUACAGGAAACAAAAGUGGCUUUAGAUAAAAACCGCAACUACUCGUGUGUGUAUAUUGAUAACAGCCAGAAAAAUACAGUUUAUGCAUACAAACAUCUUGAAUUCAUUGAAAGUAAAUGUCUCAGUAAGAUAUGGCUUACCAUAACCAUAAUUGUUGUGGUGGUUUUUCUUUUCAUUUUCACAGCAAGUGUGUGUCAUAGCAUACAACGCCGGAAGUACCGCCAUUACACAGCACUGGAAGGAGAUUCUAAAGAGUACAAGUAUAAUGCAUUCGUUGCUUAUUGUAAUAAAGAUGAAGAAUGGGUUUGUGGGUCUCUCGUUAAUUAUUUGGAAAAGAAAAAUGGUUUGGCGUUAUGUUUACACGAUAGAGAUUUUGCAGCUGGGAAGCUUAUUAUGGAUUAUAUCAUAGACGCCAUUUUUGAAAGCAAAAAAGUAGUUCUUGUUAUCAGUGAAGAAUUCUUGAAAAGUUCAUGGUGCGAGUUCGAACUUGAAAUGGCGAGAAUGAAAAUGUUUCAAGACAACAGAGAUAUGUUGGUCGUUGUCCUGUUGGACAAACUUUCUUCGUCACAAAUGCCAAUUUCCUUACAGAGAAUUUGGAACAAAGUGACAUGUUUAGAAGUUGACGAAACAAUCUGUACAAAUCAAAAUGACAAUUUUGAACAUUUAUUCUGGAAGAGAUUAUAUGAAGCAGUCGUGAUGUAAAUGGAAAUUUAAAAGUUAAUCAAUUCUACUCAUUACACGAAAAAAACAAAACAUUUGCGAUGUUGUGCAUUCCUAAAGCAAUGUAUGGACAAGUGUCUAUAAAACAUAUCAAGCUCUUAAUCACACUAAAACAUUGUCGAUGAAGAAUUAUCGUCAAGUUUCUGUAAUUAUUUAUUUAAAUUUAUUUGUUACAAUGUAGACAUGUAUCAGUUUACAAUGAGUGAAUGUAUGUCUAUGACACACGGCGUUCCCAUCCUGAACAUCAUAUGAAUAUUUCAUUUCCGGAAUACACUUGAAACAUCUAUAUAAAACAAGUGAGGACACAGAUACAUAUUGUCAGUGGUGCAAAGGUGGAUACAAACGCAUAAAUGUCUACACUGCAAAUGUAUAUGUGACAAAAUAAGUUAAUUUUUAGUAAAAGAAAAUGUACUGUGGUCAUGAAACAGACAUACUACUUCUAAUAGGUUUUUGUCGUUAUGAAUAAACAAGGGCAUUUGACAACAGGCAAAACCUUUAUAUUCAAACUACUGGAUAGCCAUUGUCGUUUAACACCUAAUGUUCCUUUUAGUUGGAAAGGAAAAGACAUACCCUGAAUGAAUUAUUAUCUUACUUCCUAUACAUUUCUAGGAAUAUCAUUGGUUAAAAGCGAACAGA